GCGAGGUGUGUGUGUGUGUGUGUGUGUGUGUUUGUGCGCGCGCGCGGCCCCGGUGUGCCACAUGCGUCACCCCGUGUGCGUGUUUCGCCGCGGGACGCUCACAUGUUACGUCUCCUCUCCUGCAAAUGACAGACGGGCCUCACGUGCCCGCCGGGAUCACUGACGUCAAUGGAUGUCGGGCGCACACGCGGCUACGUGGCCAGGAGGGGGCGGGGCCAGCCGCCACACACGGCCCCUCCCCCUCCCCAGCCCCGCCAUUGGUCGAGACGAAACGUCUCCCCGAGCAAAGCGCUGUCCUGAUUGGUCCUUCGACAACCCCCCCCCCCCCCCCCGGUCUGCGAGAGACGGCGGUGCUCAAGGACAGACAUUUGUUUUGGAGGUAAGGCUGCGUAAACGGACCGAGCUCCUGCGUGUCAGCCGCCGCGGUGUCGGAACGGAGCUGCGAUGCGAUAAGGACAAUAAAACUUCGCUGGAUACACCGGGUCGAGCCUCGGGUGAGCAGCUGACUCCCACGGGACCCCGUGUUUACUGCCUCCCACCCGCAGCGGAGCGACACCACCGAGCAGAUCGUGUCCACACGAGGAGAGUCACUGCAUGCCACAUUUCCCCCGCGUUCCUCCGGAUGGACACUGGACCCGCAGCCCCGCCGCCCCCCAUGGCCGCGGGCCCCUCCCCGCUGUGGCGGCUGGCCGAGAGGAGGUGCAGGAAGGCCGGUUCGGGGAACAUCUUCAGCAACGUGAAUCUCUGUCAGCUCCAGAGACUGUUCAAGGCGGCGGGGGACCAGGACGCGGAGCAGAGGGCCCAGGUGGUCUGGGGCCACAGAGACGAGGCCGAACUGGCUCAGGCCUUAAUCGGACUGAGGACCCGGAGUCACCGCAGAGGGCCGAGGGCUAACGGGAGAGACGCUCUCGGCUCGCACUGGCUACGCGCCUUCAAUCACCUCAGGAUCGGGGAGAGCUCACUGAGCAGCCAGGGAAGUGAGGCAGGAGAGGAGACUGACUCGGAGGCAGGGGCACACGGCGGUCCAGAGCCACGCGGACAUCCCGCCGCGGGGGCGACAGGAAGAUGUGCGAGGGCCACGGCGGUACCGAGUGAGCGCCGCAGCCUCGCAGGGACGUCUGAGAGACCAGUUCGGGUCGGCUCGGGACUGAGGAGAGGAGGAGGAGGAGAGAGUGACCCCGAGAGAUACCUCCACCAAAUACUCCACUGACUGACUGUAUGUCUGCCUACCAACCAGCAUUUAACAACCUGUUUGUCUCACCACUGUCCUAAUGUGUUCAGUUGCCAGAGCGAGCUUGAAUUAUCUUCAGGGAAGAGCAACAUGGGAACAAAUACUAACUCUGGUCUUUAAACGGCAGAGAUCAGAUGGCCGGCACACUGGUGCUGCACUAACACGUCUCCACCUAAAUAAUGUAGACAACACGAGCCUCUCGACUGGCUCCCAUUGCACAACUUUAUAUUGUGGUUGCUGCUCUCCAAAAAAUGGCCUUAUGUGCUUUCUACCACCAUCACUGACCAUGCAUACUUAUAAUUAUGAACAGCGAUGUGACUUUUGAGUAGUUUUGUCGUUCAGUGGCGUAAACCGAGAGUGAACAAGUUUGUAAUCGUGGGGAAAAUAAGUUGAGCGGCAACAGACAACUGUCGUGUGCCCUAGCGGAUCCCGGUGGGGAGUAGUAAGAAGUCGGAAAGGACACAGGAAGUUGUCAACACCACUUUGCACAUAAUGGAGGAGAAGCUCCUCCUUCAUUUCCUGGCAGCUAGUGGCAGUGUUGGCAUCAUGGCUAACUCAAUGCCAGCAGCCUGGCUACGUCCAAAGCAGAAAAAACUGUUAAAAUCAAUUGAAAAAAAUAACCCCAAUUUAAAUUUCCGGUAGUAUUAAUAAGAAGGCUGGUUGUGUCACUUACUGAUUUAAUCCCGUUGUUCCUCCGUCAACGGGAUUCUUUUUGUCUUGUGAGUUUGAGUUGUUCAUUUGUCAAUCCGGCUGUUCCCCCUGUCUGCCAUUUCCAUACCGGGAGAACGCUGUUCUCUUCCUUGUUUAGGUUACGCAAUGGUCGACGCAGCUUCUUUGUGCUGUAAAUCCAAUUGUCAUUUUUCCGUGAAAGAAAACGCUUCCGGGUGGCCAAAAGAACAACAUGGUGAGAACGAGGCUUAUAGGGGACCAAUAUAAGCGCAUGUGGUGUUAAAAUGUUCCUAUAUUCAUUAACUUGGCAUUUAUCAGACUGAAAGCACUGAUAUUAUGCUGUAUGGCUACACUGUACUUAUAAAUAGCUGUGUCCAUGUCCUGUAUCAUACACAAAGCCAUAUGUAUGUAGAUAUACUUGAGUGAGAUGAUAUACUGUGGCGUGAAGAGAUGUUAACUUCUUUGAUUUUUGUAUUCACACUAACUGGAGCCACAGAAGUUUGACAUACGUUCGAUAUGUCAUGUUACACAACAAUGUAAAAGGGUAAGAGUGCAAUAAGAACAAUGGUAGUCAUUGUGAGAUAUUGAAAUAUAUUCCCAAAAAUACACACUACUACAUACUGUUUGACAGCUGCACCAGGUCUCAGUAGCUGGUUCUCAUCUGGUGGUAAGCAAAGCAUCGCCAGGUCAAAUCUGCCUAGAGACCAAACCUAAAGGCCAUAGUCAAAAUGGCCGUCACUGUUCAGGGAAAGAAGAACUUGAAAUGGAACUGUCGUUGUUAAAAUGUACAUGGUAACAGUGUGAAAAGCCACUGUGCCUACGAAAGACUAUAGUGUCACCAACCUCAUCAGAUUGCUGAAAACUUGAUGAUGCUUUUUGAUAAUACUGUUUGGAUGUAUGAUUUUUAGAUUUAUGGUCAUAAAGAACUGAGUAUUUGUAUCGUU